AUGGAGAGGGGGAAAGUGAAGAAGAAAGGGAAGGGAAAGGAGCUGGAGAAAGAGAAAAUUCGGGAAAAAGGAAAGGAGAAAGAGAAAAAGGAGGUGGAGAAGGGGAAAAUUAAGGAUAAAGAAAAGGAGAAGGGGAAAGAAAAAGGGAAGGAGGAGAAAAGUAAGAGUAAAGAGGAGGAAAAGAGAAAAGAGGGGGAGACAGAGAAAGAGAAGGAACAAUUUAAAGGAGAAGAAAAGGACAACAGCGUCAUGGCAAAUCCCCUGCUGGAACCGCCGGAGAAAAAUAAUCAUAUCCUAGUGUUGGGCCUUGAUGGAGCAGGAAAGACCAGUGUUCUUCACUCUCUAGCUUUAAACAGAGUGCAGCACAGCAAGGCACCCACCCAAGGUUUCAAUGCAGUGCGUAUCAACACUGAAGACAGCCAGAUGGAGUUCCUGGAGAUUGGUGGCAGUGAACCUUUCCGUGCCUACUGGGAAAUGUAUGUGUCCAAGGGAACACUGCUGAUCUUUGUGGUGGAUUCAGCAGAUCACAACAGAUUACCUGAAGCCAAGAAACACCUUCAUCAACUAACUGAAACAAACCCAAUCAUCCCUCUGGUUGUGUUUGCAAACAAACAGGAUCUUAAAGCAGCCUAUCACAUUACAGACAUCCACGAAGCGUUGGCAUUGUCUGAAGUGGGAAAUGACAGGAAGAUGUUCUUGUUUGGGACCCAAGUGACUGAGAAUGGCUCAGAGAUACCCUCCAUCAUGCAAGAUGCCAAAGACCUGAUCGCACACCUGGCUGCAGAUGUGCAGUGAGCAGGCGAGGCCACUGUGCGGCGCACGAGCCAAGCGCCACCCAGGAGUGUUGCCCAGCAGGCUUGAAGCCAAAGGUUUCCACUUUCAAAUAAAACAUAAGCCAUUCCCUCUUAUCUCAGUGCAUGGCAUGUGUAUGAAG